CAUUCGAUUCGAGUUUCGACUUAUUAUUGUGAUAAUUGAAUUGGCACACUUAUUUUUGCACUAUUUGUGAGUAUUGUUUCCUAAACAAAGUGUAAUCCUGUGUAUUUCAUUCUAUAAUCGGGCCGCAGCGUUAAAAUAAUGCUCACACAAGUAACGAGAUACAAUGACGACCUUGUGUAAACCUAGCAUACUAUGUAUAUUUUUGUUGUUAUGAUCAAAAUAAUUUCGCGUGUGCCACAAUAAACAGUUUAUCUUUAACUAACUUGGUGAAUUACUUGUGGUGGAACUGUUUAAUAUGAGUUGUGAAUGAAAAACCAAGACAAUAAGUACUCGUCGAUAUUAUGUAUACAUUUGCGUGUGGUAAACACCACCUGCGGAUCGGGCGAGCAUAUCUAGAACUAUGUUUACCACUACUGGAAUGGUAGCAGCUCCACAGCAGGCGACUGGUCAGGUUGCACAAAAUGGAAGUACGACGUUACCUCGCUCUCAUCAUCAAAGAACAGGAAGACCACCAGCAGCCCCAAAGUCCUAUGACUAUCUUCUAAAAGUGCUGCUAGUGGGAGAUUCUGAUGUUGGAAAACAAGAGAUCCUUCAAGAUUUAGAAGAUGGAUCGGCCGACUCGCCAUUCUGUAGUGGAAGCGGUAAUCAUUCUUACAAGACCACAACUAUUCUUUUGGAUGGAAAGAGAGUAAAGUUACAACUAUGGGACACGUCUGGGCAAGGGAGGUUUUGUACCAUCAUCCGCUCUUACUCUAGGGGAGCCCAAGGAAUACUCCUUGUGUAUGAUAUAACAAAUAGAUGGUCUUUUGACAGCAUUGACAGGUGGCUGGAGGAAGUUGAGAAGCAUGCUCCAGGUGUACCAAAGGUGCUAGUUGGCAAUAGACUGCAUUUGGCAUUUAAACGACAAGUACAAGAGCGUGAUGCAGAAAUGUAUGCUGCUAAAAAUCACAUGGCUUUCUUUGAAGUCAGUCCCCUUUGUAACUUUAACAUACGGGAGAGUUUCUGUGAACUCUCCCGCAUGGCCCUACACCGCAAUGGCAUGGAAAGACUAUGGAGAAGCAACAAAGUUCUCAGCCUGCAAGAGUUGUGCUGUCGGGCGAUAGUGGCUCAGACGUCGGUAUACGGCCUGGAGCGACUGCCACUGCCCACCACGCUCAAGUCUCACCUCAAAUCUUACGCGAUAUCGGCCGCGCCGAGCCGACAUCGCGCCCGGACCACCAAGCACUCGCAUCACACGCGGCUCAACUGUACAGGACGAAACUCUUGCAAUAUCGCAUGAGUGAACCAUAGAGCAUAGAGGUGAGCGCCAUCUUUGUAUAUAAAAUCCCGCCAAAAACGACUAGAUGGCGCUAGUCCAAACUAGUUGUGCGCCUCGCACUAUUUUUCAUAAUUUUAAUGCGAUAUAAAAAAUAUGAUAAUGUGUCAAUGUUGCUAUGUGCUACUAUACCAAGAAAUCAAAUUUUAAAGAAUUAGAAAACGUUCAACAAUUGCCUUGAAAUGUGAAUGAUUCGUAGAACACAUUUGCAUUGUAUUAUAAUCGCAGUUUAAACAACAAAAAUUAUAUUCACAGUCCCUGCCCACACUAAUAAUGUUUAAAAGUGCAAUAUUAGAAAGAUCUACGCUCCGAAUGAGCACGACGAUACAAAAAAUGUAGUAGGGACUGUUGCUAUAUAUUAUCUCUAAGGAAUUUGAAUAUUGAAAUUGACUAUUUAGAUACAAUUUAUGAAAAAAAAAAUUAUUUUCAUUAAAAAUAUAAUCUGCUUUACCUACUUCGUAUUCAAACUGCCAUCAUAAAUUUUAUCCAUUAUCACUGUAAUUUUCUUAAGUAUGUGUUGAUAUUGUAAAAAAAUUAAAAGCACAAGUUUGUUUAAUACCACAUUUUUUUCUCAGUACAUAUUUAUAAA